UUUCCUCGUCGCGGUUUCCUGCUUCCUGUCAAUUUGCAGCCUCCCGUGGUCUUCACAACGCUCCGCAAAUCCCGUGUCGCGUCCUCCCAUGCUACGGGGCAUGCCAUCACCGUUAAACCAUGGAUGCCGCCGUCAAAUCCAUUCAGUACUUGACCCAGAAUCUUUUGCCCGACCGGCCAUAUCAUCUCUCCAAGCGCCCGGACAAACGCUAUCGCGUUCCUCCAGACAACACCAAGUUCAUCGAGGAGCGCGAGUGUCAGCCCCUCCAGUACAUGACCUUGCUGAACGCUGACCGCGGUCUCCUCUUCACCCGACCCUACUACGACAUGCGCGAAGAGCCACCAACUCCCAACCCUGCGAAGGAGGCUGGUGUGAGGAUGGAGAAGAAGGCCGUUACCAAGCUGUCUUUGAGCGACUACAAAAACAAGCAGAGGAAGGCUGCCGAGUCGCCGUUAGAUUCUGGGUUCCCAGUCAAACCGGUAGUGGUUCGGAAAGAUGGACCCGGUGGAAAGACCGGCAAGGAUGUCAGCAAAGUCGACGGUGACAAAAUCGAUCAUCGCGAUACGUCAAGAGACGCCAACGCGAUGAGGCCCCGCGAUGGCCCGAAUGACGAGAUACACAACUCCGCCGAUGCGAGACCGAAAGCGAAUAUAGAAGCCAGAGAUACCCCAGAAAAAAGAAACCGGGCAGACGAUUCAGAUGAGAUUCAGAGGGCACAAAAGAGACUCAGACCUGAAGCGAAUAUUGGGCCUUCCGAAGAUAGAUCACGGACAUCCCGGAAUGAUCCAUUGAAGAAGAAAGAACCGCAGCCGCAGAAAGAUCGGGCAGCAUAUAAAGACCCGAAGCCCCCCACUUCAUCUCUACCCAACGGGCGAGCCAUCUCCAAAGACUCAGUUCGUUCGCGCGCAGAAACACCGCCGACCCGCGCUCGAGGCGAAUCGAUUAACGGCGCUCGGCCCAGCCCUUCCGCGCCACCAAAAGGCACUCCUCUCAAAAACGACCAGCAAUCAUCCAGGACGACGGUGCCGCCGCUUCUUUCUCCUCUCCACUUCCCCAUGGGAAGUUCGCAGGAGCGACCGAAGGAGAAGAGGGGGAAGGAAGAGGAAGGCGACCUAUCCAAGUCGGUGAAGACGGCCAAAACAUCCCUGGCCAAACCUGCCAGGAGAGAGAAAUCUCCUGUGAAAAUCCCCCCACUCUUGUCUCCAACAUUACCGCCUGCUCUUGAGGAAGAGCUUGCGCGGAUAAUAAAGACAGGACCUGCGAAAACCGUCGCAUCGGCACAACCAUUAGACUCGGCUGGCAACAUUCGAAAGUUGAAGCCGCUCAAGCAAGAAGAUGAUAAUGAGAAGGUCGAGAAACCCAAAAUAGUGAACAGAGACAGAGAGAAAGACGGUACGCGCCGCUUCAUUGUUACAUUGAAGUGCGGCAGGAAGCAUUCGAAAACCCUCAAGCGCCUCCUGGCCCUUCCACCCCCAAAGAAAGAGCGCUCGGCUAGUCUUGGGGCGGCUCCCCCGCAAGCUGUAGCCAAAAAACGGCCAGUCAGCGGAACGGAGUUGGUGGGGGACUCUAUCGCAGUCAAGAGACCAAGGACCUCCGACAUGGCUUCUUCGUGGAAGCUUGCGGCCCCCUCGACACCGCCCAAAGCCGCCGGUACCUCCAUGUCCCGCGUCGCGUCAACCAGCUCCCAGGUGCCCACCCCUGGCGACAUGCACCACAGCGCUACCCCCGGCGGCGAUCGGCUGCCCUCCAGGCACGAAAGUCGGGAACCGGUCGACCCUUCACGAAUUCGGCAGCUGCGCGACCGUCACGAGCGGUACAAGGAGCUGGGUGGCAAGCUGAAGCACAAACGAGAUGCGCUCUUCCCGGCAAAGACAAACAACCGCGGCCGACCGCCGCCCCUCUCCGACCACGACCACAAGCUCAGCAUCGCGCUCUGCCUCGAGAGCGCCAUGGCCUAUAUGGUGUCGUUCCGCGCCGUCUUCGAUUCCCGUCGCCACGAGAACAAGGCCCAGAACCCGAACCAGUGGGAGACGAUUCUCCCCCUGCUCGACAUGAUCCGCCAUGACGUGAGCGAAGGCCGCCACCGAGCACUGGACGCGCUCCAGCUCCAGCUCAGGGGCGUUAUCCUCGAGGAGCUCAUCAAGUGCUACUGGUCGCUCGACCCGGCCAGCCACGCCAUCCGCAUCAUCUACUUCGAACGCCUGCGCUCUUCGGUAUGGAAGGCCGCCGCGGAGGCUUCCGGUCUGGUCGACGAACAACGUAUGCGCGCUAACUUUGGCCCGUGGACCGGGGCCGAGGAGGCCGUCGGGCUGGGGUUGCGGAUCGUCAGGAGAUGGGCCAACGAACAAAACCUCGAUUGGAGCCCCGAGCUCAGCUUGCAGGCCAAUGGAACUUAGGGAAGGUCCUAUAGCCUGCGAGCUAGACCGUCGGCUUCUUGUCGCCACUAGGCUACCUCUAUCGCAGCAAUGGCUCCGUGGGCCGAACGGCGGGAGGAAGGCCAGGUUCAGCGGAGGACGCGCUGGCAGAGACGCGCUGACGAAG